AUGCUCAGCGCCGCUCUUCGGAGGCGUGUCCUCGCGCCUACUCACCAGGCCCUGCGAACUGGCUUCGCCGCGCACGUCGUUCGCUACUAUGCCUCCUUCCCUAGCCACCAGGUGAUCAAGAUGCCUGCUCUGUCGCCCACAAUGCAGGCCGGCAACAUUGGAGCCUGGCAGAAGAAGCCUGGCGACUCCAUCACCCCUGGUGAGGUUCUGGUCGAGAUCGAGACGGACAAGGCCCAGAUGGACUUUGAGUUCCAGGAAGAGGGUGUUAUUGCCAAGGUCCUCAAGGAUGCUGGCGAGAAGGACGUCCCUGUUGGCACCCCCAUUGCUGUCCUGGUCGAAGAGGGAACCGACAUCGCCGCUUUCGAAAAGUUCUCUAUCGAGGACGCUGGCGGCGCUGCCCAGCCCGCUGAGGCCAAGAAGGAGUCUGCGCCUGCCCCUCAGUCUACCCCCGCCUCUGCCCCUCAGUCUUCUGCCCCUGAGCAGUACUCUUCCCAGGGCAGAAUCCAGAGCGCUCUCGACCGUGAGCCCAACGCUCUCCCCGCUGCUGUCCGUCUUGCCCGAUCCCAGGGUAUCAGCCUUGAUGGCGUCAAGGGUACCGGCAAGGGUGGCAAGAUCACUGAGGAGGACGUCAAGAAGCUGGUUGCCAGCCCUGCCGUCGCUGCCCCCGGCGCCACCUUUGAGGACAUUCCCAUCAGCGGAAUGCGAAAGACCAUUGCCAACAGACUGCAAGAGUCUACCCAGACCAACCCUCACUUCUACGUUACCAGCUCAGUCUCCGUGUCCAAGCUCCUCAAGCUGCGACAGGCCCUGAACAGCUCCGCUGAUGGCAAGUACAAGCUGUCUGUCAACGACUUCCUCAUCAAGGCCAUGGGCAUCGCCUCCAAGCGAGUCCCUGCUGCCAACUCCAGCUGGCGCGGCGAUGUUAUCCGCCAGUUCUCUACCGUCGACGUCUCCGUCGCCGUUUCCACCCCCACCGGCCUCAUCACCCCUAUUGUCACCGGUGUUGAGGGCCGUGGUCUGGAGUCCAUCUCCAACAAGGUCAAGGAGCUCGCCAAGAAGGCUCGUGACGGCAAGCUCAAGCCCGAGGAGUACCAGGGCGGCACCAUUUCCAUCUCCAACAUGGGCAUGAACGACGCUGUCUCUCACUUCACUGCCGUCAUCAACCCUCCCCAGGCCGCUAUCCUGGCUGUCGGCACCACCCGCAAGGUCGCUGUUCCUGCCACCAACGAGGAUGGCGAGGCCACCGUCGAGUGGGACGAUCAGAUCACCUUCACUGGCAGCUUCGACCACAAGGUUGUUGACGGUGCCGUCGGUGCCGAGUGGAUGCGUGAGCUCAAGAAGGUUCUCGAGAACCCCCUGGAACUCCUUCUGUAA